AUGCUGGAGACCAUUGGAAUCAAACUCAAGGCGAAGAAAAAUGAUGAUAACGAGGACAAUGAAGAAGAAGAUGAUGACAACAAUGAAGAUAAUGAUGCGUGGGAUGACAAAGACGAGGAUGACCACAUAACUGAUGAAGGCAGGCAGAAACUUGCAAAGGUUCAGUUUUUGCUUGAUUUUAUGACACCCCUUUUAAUUCUCUCUCAUGCUCAGUCUGAACUCGUUAUCGCGCAGCCUAAUACAGGGCUGUCAGCCAUCGAUCCUGAUUUCCACCACUCGACAACAGUAGCUUCGGCACCUGUGUCUACCUCUGACACGUCGACCAGAGGGCCAUCAACUCCAGCAACUAUACUUCUCAUAGACAAGCUUGUCGUUACCUCACAUGCGCCUAUUCCUAAUCAUUGCCCAUCAACUCAGCCUCCUCCCUCUACCUCCCCUCUUUCAUCACCCUUAUCACCUGUCCCUUCUUUGAGACCCAACACCGCUGUGUUUUAUAUUGGCACAUCCAGGAAGCACAUGUUAGAUGGAUUUUGA